UGUACAUCCAUUUGAGGACUGAAGCACUUGCAUAUGGCAUGUGUGGCAGUGAGUGAGAAAAUUAUCACAGAAAAUUAUCACAAGAUACUUUUGUUUUUCAGGCUGUUUGAGAGAGUGGGACAGUGGAAGAAAAAGACACUUGUCAGGUUUUUGAUUGUGUACCACAAUAAUUCCACUCCGGUUAGGAUGAACUUCCUCUCUGUCUCUGCCUUAUUGGGUAUAACAGUAUUGAUGAUUCAGAACACCGACUCUGAAGGGUUUGCCAGUAUCAAGGCAGUUGUGUCUGUUUGGCCCCCAGGAUCAACCAUAUUUUUGAAGGAGUGUGUAACCCUGAGAUGCAGUGUGGGAGCUGGCGCUAACUUGUCCUGGACUUAUCAAUGGUUCAGAGACGAAGUUCAGAAACGUGGGACCCCAAAUGCUAGGCAUCUGGUUAUUGGUGACAGUUACUUCAUUACUGCGGUUGCCAGGGCUGACAGUGGCAGUUACUGGUGUCAAGCUGAGCGGAAUGGGUCCAACACACACUUACUCAGUAACCGUGUCCAUCUGACUGUGUCAGAGUGGAUGCCCCCAUUACUGUCCGUAAUCCCUAGCAGCAGACAGCACUUCCAAGGGAACAGUUUUUCUCUCCAGUGCCCAGCUGUGUCUGGGAGCAACUCCAAAAAGAGUAACUCUACAAACUGGACAUUGCAGAAGCUCACUGAUUUUGACGCAAGGCCUGGAUGUCAGGCACAAGAGGGCACUCUCCGUGACAAAGUUCCUGGAGCAUGCAGUUUCCCUUCUCCUGACGGUGGAGUCAGUGGGUUGUACUGGUGUCAGAGUGGCAAGCGGCGCAGCAAUUCAGUCACCAUCACAGUGAGCUCUCCUACAGAUGGAACAGUGAUCAUCAUGGUCCCUGCACACCCUGUCUCUGAGGGAGACAGUGUGCAUCUGCAUUGUCGUUUUUGGAUCCACAAGCCGAUCAAGACCACCUUUUACAAAGAUGGAGUGGAGAUUUGUUCUCUGAAUGUUACAGAGAUGGUAAUAGAUAAUGUGACCAGUGCAGACGAGGGCCUCUACAAGUGUGCUGACCCAGAGGACAAGUCGGAGAGCCCAGAGAGCUGGCUGGCUGUUAGAAGCCAUUUGACUUCAGAUGAUGGGAAGCCACUGCAAACUGAAGGUACCUGGAAAUGGGUGGUGCCAUCCAGCUGCAUUCUGGGAAUCCUGUUGGUCAUUCUUCUGAUUUUAAUAAUGGUUUGUCAUUUCAGGCGGCGUAUGUGGUGCACUCGCAGCUGUUUGUCCUCGAAAGAAGGGGCACCUCCAGUAGAAGCACCCAAAACUAAACAGGAUGGGACUGAGGUACAGUGGGACCUGGCCUGGAUGGAGAUGGCCAACCUGCUGGACAAGCAGCAGUACCCAGCCACAGUCAGCUAAACACACAGUAGUGGCUGUCUUGUUUUCACUGAGAUUUUGA